AUGGUGAUCAACCCUACUUCAGCUGAUCCACAACUACUCAAUCUCACGAUAGAGACUGUUGAGAUUCCUCGGCAGUCUUCCGCAACAGAAGGAAAUUCUGCCGGCUUCUGGGGUAUAGGAGACACUACUGUGGAAAGCUUUAUUGGCACUCGUGUUCUGCUGAGGAGCCCUUACGGUGGUCGAUCGAUGACUGCAGUGUCUCCUUAUCCGUCUCUACUGUACAAGCUAAGAGCGAAGGGCCAGUGGGAUAAGGCUGUCAAAUUGUGCCGAUAUGUUAAAGUGAAAGAACUGUGGGCCACGCUGGCUGCGAUGGUGAUGAAGGUCAAUGAUGCUGGAGGCACUCUCGAAACUGCUCUGGCUGCGAUAUCUGAUGUUUGCAAGAUGUCCAUGCUGAGACACGCUAAGAACCAGCCAGAUCCGAUAGUCAAGCAAGCGGAGAUGAUGCUUCUGUCGAGACGUGCUAACGAAGCUAUACAGUUGUUGGUCGCUAAUCGGAAGAUAUACAGGGCGAUCAAAUUCAACAUCUGGCUGCACCGUUGGGAGGCCGCUCUGGACCUCGCCGUUCAGCACCGUACUCAUGUCGAUACUGUCUUAGCCUACCGCAUGAGGCAUUUGGAGGCGAUGAAACACUCGGAAAAUAAUGAAAAGUUUAAAAGAUACGCAGCAGAAGUUCCCGUUGACUGGCAGUCAGUGAAGGCCAAAAUCGCACGGGAGAAAGCGGAAGAGAGGAACAAUGGAGUCGAUACGCCAGUGACCCAGUCGAAGGCCGCACUUCCACUCGAGAUUCCUGACUCCCCAAGGAUGAAUGUCGAUUCUGACAUGUGA